UUCAUUUGCAUAUUUAAAUUGCUGGACAUUUGGUGCAAUAAAAUUGAUUGAGAGAAAUAAAGUUUGCACUUUUAUAUGUUUGAACUGUGCACGAGUCAAAUCAAGAAGUAACGCUAAAAGAUUGAAUUUGCUUUGUUUGAAGCUGAUAAUUUAUUUUUGUGAUAGAAUAACCCUUUUCAUUCAUUUGAUAAAUGUGAUGCGUAACGAAGGGUGACAAAACCAAAGCUAAAGCAAACUAAAAUAAAACGCAAAUAAAUAUUAUAAUCGAUCAUCUAAUACUAGUUAAACAAAAAAUAGUGACACAAAAAAAAACUACAAAAAUGGGCAAUUGUUUUAAACGGUCAACGACAGACGACAUCUCUCUCUUGCGAGGUGGCAAUGAACCAAAUCGAGAAUCUACAGAACAAUUGGGACCGUCACCAUUAUAUUCGGAGGUCUUGCAACCAGUAUUCUAUCCAUCACCGUCGGUGAGUCGGCCAGUGUCUCAUCUAACUGAGGAGGAACAAGUGAAAAUAGCAAAACGUAUCGGUUUAAUACAACAUUUACCCGUUGGCUUGUACGAUGGAUGCAAAAAGGCUCGCGAAUGUGUUAUUUGUAUGAUUGAAUUCAAUGUGGGCGAUUCAAUCCGUUAUCUACCUUGUAUGCAUACCUAUCAUGUUGGCUGUAUUGAUGAUUGGCUAAUGCGUAGUCUAACAUGUCCAUCUUGCCUCGAACCGGUCGAUGCAGCACUUCUCACCACUUAUGAAACUUGCUAAAAUCUGCGUUUUACUCUUUUCGCAUCUCAUCCAAACGCGAGGAAAGAUGAUGAAAUUAUUGACCUUUUUUAUACAUUAAAAAAAUCGAUAAGAGAGAAUAAUUUUUAUUUUUGAAAUUAUUUUAUUUUUCGUCGAAAAAGUAAUCAUUAUUUUUUUGUGACGAUUUAAUGUGCGGGUCGACAUAUGACCAUUGUCACUUGAUGACUGCAUAUAAUAAUAUAUAUAUUAAAACAUUUUACUAAUGUUAUUUAUUAGAACCUCAACUCGAUUAUAAAAUGAAAAAUUCUAUUCAAAUGAAAGAAAAAAAGUAAAGAACAUCCAAUAAUUAGAAUAAUAAUAUUAAUAAUAAUUACAUUUUGAUUUGGAACAGAUUUCGGUUACGGUUUACAAAUUGUCUACAAUAACGAAAUAGUUCUGUCUUUUUUUGUGUAAAUGAACAGCUUUUAUCCAAAUCUCUUUCCAAAAUUUAAACAAAACUAAAAGAAUAAACAAUAAAAAGCGUAUGAACAACAAUAAUAAACUAUGAUAAAUAAAUCGAGAUUGUAUUUGAAAAUUGUGAAAAAAGGGAAAAAAUGUAUAUGUUGUUUAGCUAAACAAAUGAAUAUGUGUAUAUUUGCAAAGUUGAUGCUUGUUUGGGUUUAAUAGAGAAAUAGCUUAUACCAUUUAUUUAAUUAUCUAUUCUUUACACCAUUUAUUAUAUUAUAUUUAGUAACACAUAUCUGUGUAACUUUUUUCUUUUUUGGUAUUUUCUCUUACGUCUCUAACGUUUCAAUUGGAAUCCACAUUUGAAAGAACAAAGCCAAUUAACUAUAAAUUUUAUUAGCAUUGAUCGGAUUAAGAUUGGUUAUAUUUACAAACUUUUUUGGAAAUUUAAUUUGUAUUUAUAUUUGAUAUUAAAAAUUAAAAGAAAAAACAAUCAAAAUUGAAAAAUGUAAAAAUA